UACUUUUUCAGGAAAGCUUUAUAUAAAUGUUUUGGUGAAGAAUGCUGUUGAAUUUCUUGAAAGUUCACCUUUCUUUAAUAAUAUCUUAUAUUGUGUUCUUAUCUCAGUACCACAGAAUGGUUAAUUUUCCAAUCAUUAGUGUUCUAAAUAAAGUCAAGUUCUCUUUCAUCCUAAAUUAAUGGGCCUUUUGACCUGUACCUGUAGGCUCCAAUAUGGCAGCCAUGUGACAGCACUGUAUCUGACAUACCAGAAGAUGGUUUUGCUUCCAUACAUGUGCUGUCAAGUCUUAAAAUACAACAAUUGGUCUCAACUUCAUUUGACUCCAUACAAAUUGAGUGCUGUCACUACUUUGAUCAGACGUAAUUACUUUCACUAAUGUUUACUUGGCUGAUGCUGAUAAAAGCAUGUUUCGAUUAAACGCAUUGCCUCCAUACUUCAUUAUCUGUGGAGAAAUAUUCUAAAACUGAGAAAAGGAAGCAGUAAAACUUAUCAAAGAGAAAACUUUCUUUUGUUAAUUUCUUUCAUAUUUGAUGAACUGAAUAGAGUUGAAUAGUUUCACCAGGUUUUUUCCCUUCUUUCUCUGUUCCCCAUUAGAAAGCACACGUACAUGUCGUAUAUUAAGAAUAAAGUAUCAAACUUCCCCGGUUACUGCUUUAAAAAAUACAUUUACAUUAAGCUCUGAAUCUGAUUUCUAUUUAUGCUGAAGCUACUUCAAAGAACGUUCUGUCAUGUAGGAGGAAUUAGGGGGAUAAUGAAUGUGAAAUGUACCUAAUUUUUUUCUGGAAAUUGAAGAGUUGGCUACCAUGAGCUUAGAUUUUUAAGUAUAAGGAAGAGACAUAGUGACCUUGACAGCAUCCAGAUGUAUAUGGGAAAGGGACAGAAAGUACACAUUUAAGUCAUGAGAAUGGAGCUAGAAGUUUUAACAAGAGUUAGCAUGGGAAAUGAGAUGUUUGGGGUGUGCAGAGGGAUAGCCCAUGAGUAUUUGAUGUAGGUGUGGAUGGCAAAUGUUAGAAGUCACUGCAGUGUUUUUCAGUGAUCUCAGUUCUGGAUUUUAUUCUUCCUACUUUAAGUAGGCAGGGGGGAAUACAAUGAAUUCAUGCACUUUGUUUGCCUAAUGAUACAAUCCUUUUACUUACUUAAGUGUCAGCUAUUGGUUGCAAUGGACUGCUUGUCUUUGGAGGGCUCCUUGUUGGUCUGACUAAAGAUUUAUAGGUUUGAGCUUGUUGUGUGCCAUACUAAGGGCAAUAAUCUGCCUUUGUGGUAGCUUCAUGAUUUGCAUUUUCUUUGAAUGUGGCUCAUCCUUAUUCUUUCACUCAGUAUGUUUUAUCUUAAGAGGCAAAAAAUUGCUGUUUAAUUAGAAGUAUUAAAUGGGAGACAGAGCACAAGUGGUUUUUGUCCUGUAUGCACGUGCAUUGUGAAAAACCCUAGUUUUACGUUGAUAUAAAUCUACAACAGUUGUAAGUAAGUGCUGUCCUGGCUAUAUUCCAGUAUUGCUGGGAAGAGCCUUUAACUAUGUUUUAUGGGUAGCGGUGGUGGUUUAGCGUGCUGGGUGUCUGUUUCCUUUCACAGGCAUCGUGUACAUCAAGUUUUGAAUGACAGUCCUGGGAGGAAGUAUGCAGAUGAAGUAGCUAAUGUUGUAAUAAAAUAAUUGUCAGGUAGGGAGUUCACUGUGAUCAUGGAACAAACUCCACAAGAGAUGGAAGAAACUGAGCCGUGGUAUUUUCAGAAAACGUAUGCAAGAUACUGGAAGCACUAUGAUUUAGCUAUGCGCUGGAUGCAUAGACACCAGGAAGCCUACAGGAAAGCCAUGGAGUCCUUUUAUCGUGUACCAUGGCCUCCUUAUGCAGCUUCUCCAAGUAGCCGCUACUCAGAUUGGGAUGGGGAUGACCCCCCGUGUACCCACAACCAUUUUUCCAACUAUAGCCCACAUGGCAGAGCUCAGCAGUACAUGGAUGUCCAGCCAGGGAAGGAGGAUGAUGACAGAGAGGAGGAGGAGGAAGACUCUGAAGUGGAGGAAGACUCGGAGUCCGAAGGGGAGUUUGAAUAUGACCUGAGUAACAUGGAGAUCACAGAGGAACUUCGCCAGUUUUUUGCCCAAACAGAGAGGCAUCGGGAAGAACUACGGAGACAGCAGCAGCUGGAAGCUGAGCAGCAAGAAAUGUACGUGGAGGCUGAUCAAGACCUUUACAGAAACAUGAAGCGUUCUGUGGAGCCACCUGCAGAAAGACCUGGGGAGAGAAGAAUGGCAGAAAUGGAGAAACUGUACGGUGAUGAAGCUGCCAAAAUCCUAGCUAUGGAGACUGCCAUGCAGCUUAUCUUUGAUAGAAACUGUGACAAAAAACAGCCCAAAUACUGGCCAAUUAUUCCCCUCAAGCUAUGAGUACCUGGACUGUGCUCUGACCUGGCACAGAGCUGUAGGGACAGUUGCCUCAAGCUGUGCUGCUGGAAGAUUCAACUGCACAUGUCAUUUUUGGAUGGGUUUUAGGGCAGGAUCCAGCAAGGACAAAGUGAUUUUUUUGCCCUGUGUUCCUUUAACAUCAUCUGUUGUGAUGGUCAGAGUUCAUUUAUAUAAAUACCAUUGCCAAUUAGUAAAAGGGAGAGGUAGUAAUGUAACUGUCUGAAGUCUGUUUCACUCAUUUGAUCUCAGCCUGCCUUGACCAUGCAGGUGAGAAAUGUGACAGUAUCUAUACCUAAUGAACUGGAAAAAAUGAACAGCAUUACAAAAUGAAAAAGACUAUACAAAUUGUCAGCUCUUUCUAUUUAGGAAACUAAGUAGUCUUAUUCUUUAGUCUUAUUUAAUAUAGCAGCGUUUGGAUCCGGCUUAAUGCAACACAGCUUGAAGUGUUGUGUCUCCUAAUCUUUUGAUUUUCCUUUUUUUUUCUUUGAGAGCCAGGAGCCCACUGGCCAAGACACAACAUAUCAAAUUACUGUAGCCUGGCCAUUUGAAUUCUUUUUUCAAAUGCGUAUAAUAAAGCAGGAAGUUUUUCUUCAAGACCGAUAGUUAUCUGGCAGGAGUUCUACUCUAACAUAAAAUUAGAUAGGAAAAUGUUUUAAUGAGGGAGGUGGGGAGUUUGGGGAAGAAACUUGAUGUGGCCCUGUCUGUUAGAGAUCUGUCUAGCAAAGGAGAUCCUUAAGAGGACAAAAUGCUUUUUGGGUAAAUGCCAACAAUUAUUUUUGCCAUUCUAAUAAUAACAUCUUAUUGGUUUGAAGCUUGAAGGAAGAUAUAUCAGUCUUUAACUGUGAAACACUGCUGUAACAUACCGCAGUGUGCUGAAGAUCUGUAGUUUGUGUUAAGCACUAUUAUCAUGGCAGAGCAAGAGAACAGCAUACUGUUUUAGAUAUGACAAACAUUUGUGUGCCUUUUUUCACAGCAGAGAAUGUCACAACUGAAAUUAACUUCUCAUGCCCAUUGUGCUUGUGUUCUCUGCUACAGUCAGCUGAAUCAAACCAAAUCUAAGGUGCAGUUUUGGAGAUUUGUUUUCCCUAGUAGUUACCAUGUUUUUGUAAAUCAGCAUUUUGACUUCAGUUCUACCUCCUUCACUCCUCAUUAGAUGUGAAGAGAUGAGUUAAACACUGAAAUUAAAAUCCCCCAGUGUUCAAGACUUGUUACGGAUGUGAUUGAUAUGAAUAACUUAGGCUUGACACACGAGGGAGGCGUGUUCUGAAUUACAGCCCUGCAUUUGUCUUCACUCUUGUUUUUUCUUGGAUUUUGUCAGAAAUCUGGUGUGUUGUAUGGACUUCCUUGUUGACCAAAUAAAUGUUCUUAAUGACAUACUGUAA